AUGGGAAAUGCGUCCAACGCCUCAGUGUUCAUCUCCACCUUAUCAGAGAGAGAAGACCUGAUUUUUGGCACGCUCUAUUUAGUCUUUGGCAUUGUGUCACUCUCUGGGAACUCGCUGCUCCUGCUGGUGGCUUAUCGGAAGAGGUCCAUGCUGAAGCCUGCUGAAUUCUUCAUCGUGAACCUGGCCAUCAGCGACCUGAGCAUGACGGUGACCCUGUUCCCUUUGGCCACGUCAUCCUUCUUUGCACACAGGUGGCUGUUUAACCACGUGAUGUGCACCAUCUAUGCCUUCUGCGGGGUGUUGUUUGGCCUCUGCAGCCUCACCAGCCUGACAGUGCUCAGCACGGUUUGCUGCCUGAAGGUCUGUUACCCAGCAUAUGGCAACAAGUUCUCUCCCUCGCACGCCGGCGUCCUGCUGCUGUGCGUCUGGGCCUACGCGCUGCUGUUCGCCACCGCCCCGCUGGCCGAGUGGGGCAGCUACGGGCCCGAGCCCUACGGGACCGCCUGCUGCAUCACGUGGAAAGCCUCCAACAGAGAGGCCGUGCUCUACAUCCUGGCCCUCUUCAUCUUCUGCUACCUCCUCCCCUGCCUCCUCAUCCUCGUCUCCUACUCGCUGAUCCUGUGGACGGUGAAGGGCUCCCGCCGAGCCGUGCAGCAGCACGUGUCCCCGCAGAGCAAGGCCGGCGGUGUGCACAGCCUCAUCGUGAAGCUGAGCAUUGCCGUGUGCCUGGGGUUUCUGGCUGCCUGGACCCCUUAUGCCAUCGUUGCCCUGUGGGCAGCCUUCGGAGAUGCCAGCCAGGUGCCGGCGCUGGCCUUCGUGCUGUCGGCUGUCUUUGCCAAGUCCUCAACGCUCUACAACCCCCUGGUGUAUCUGCUCUUCAAGCCCAACUUCCAGAAGUUCCUUUCCAAAGACAUCCUGCUCCUCCAGGCCAUCCGCACCAUCCUUUGCUGCGGGUGCCCGAGCGUCUCCCUGCAGCCCAGAGACGGCAGGACGUGCUUCUCCCCCGGCUUCGGCGACCACCGCGGGGCCUGCAGAAAUUGCCACGACACUUUUGAAUGUUUCAGUAACUACCCCAAGUGCUACAAACUCUCCCAGACCCCUGACACUUCAUCCAGGCCCGCUCCCCUGGCUAUCCUGAGCGAUGGGUCUGCUUGCCAGCCUGGCCUGAAGAGGACCGUGCAGGUCAUGGUGCUGGUUACAAGGAAAAGGUCAGGCCUGGGUGCUGCCAAUGUAGCAGGUGAAGUCCUGCCUUCAGAGAUCAUGAAAGACCUGCUCUGAGCGCUCAGAGCCCCGCAGUGCCCAGGCUCCAGGGCCUUUGGCACCUGGCUCUGUCUUGGCAGCAUAUUGAAAAAAAUAUUCCAAAUGCAACAUUUCUCUCAUCUAUGUAUCUGAUAGGUCCCAAGCACAUUCUGCAUAUUAAGUGACAUGAAAAUUUAGGACCAGCCCUGCCUCUCCUUUUAGUUUCACUCUUGCAAUUUGGAGCCGAUCAUUUGCACUUGCAAAAAAAAAAAAUAGACCCCGAGUGCCUGAAAUCUGGCUAGGGUGCAAUUCCAGGCUGCAGUUUCUACUGCUGUUUGCUCUCAGGGCCCUUGGCCUUUGUUUUUCCAUCCUGGUGCUCUGAUGGCCAAGUAUGAGCUUGGUCAUCUUAAGAAACUGUGUCUAGCACAGAGGGUAGGGGCCUGGGAGCCCUGACAGGCAAUCCUAGCUCCAACACCAACUCCUACAGCCUCAGCUAAUCACAUCCUUUCCCACCUGGGAAUGGGAUAAUGCCAUUCAGCUACCUCACUUGGGAUUAUGAAGUAUUUUUAUAUACCUCACAAGAGACCACUCUCUGUGUGGGCUGGAUUACCCCACUCCCUUGAUUUGAGUGCAGCCCCCUCACGAUCCUUUUCAUCUAAAUGGGAGCUUGUCUUUAGAGUAAGGAUUUGGGGUUAAAAUAAUCCCAGUGCAAGUAAUACCAGGCCCAGGUACUGCUCUUCAGGCAGGGAAUGGCAAAACUGUGGCUGAGCAACAUCCUGGAGACAGGUCUGAGGUCCUAGGGUGUCUCCUGGCUUCUGGGGAGCCAGGGCAUCUUGCAGCAUCUGCACUAUCACGCAGGGGACCAGGUGCCUGGAAAACAGCAGCCAGUUAGCUUGUAGGUGUCAUUUUGAGACCAUCUCCAAGAAAAUCCAGCUGCGAGACUUGGAAGACACAAACUGGUGCCUAGCUGGCCGUUGCGGUACCAUGGCACAGAGCAUAAAGCAAACUGGGAGGACGAGCUGAGCAGAGCAUCCCGGGGUGGACCGAAGCAGUGCUGCAAAGCAGCUGCGAUGCUGCGGGCAGUGAAAAACAUUGUCGAGACCUUGUAGGACUUGGUUCUCAGAGCAGCUGAGCAGACAAGGAGCAAGAGAAAACGAUAUGCAGGGAACGUGGUAUGCCAUCUGGAUGCACAGAAAAAGUGCAUUUUGGAACAAAAUCCUGCCCCAGCCUAUGAGAAGAAAGAUGGAUGUAAUGCUCAGACUGAGACAGAAAAACCAUAAAAGUAGCUGGAGGAGAACAGCUAAGACCAGUUUCUUCACAGUUCUUAGAUUUUGACACCCAGUGUUGAAGGCCACCUUGCUAAAGCAAACCGUUCCCUCAUUCGAGAGAGGCUCUGCACAGGGCAACCUCGCGGCCGGUGAGCGAGGGCGGGCGCGCGGGCCUUGCAGCCUGCUGUGGGGGUCAGGCAGGGCCUCUGGUGCUGGUGGGACUGCUGAGGAUCAGGAGACCGGCUGAUACCUACAGCAAAAAUAAAAGAAGUACCGGAACUGCUUCUAGAAAUGUUAAAUUCAGCAAGCGCAGUUGAAACUAAAUUUAAGAAACAAGAAUUCCCCCUUGUCUUGACUCCUGUUACUUUCAUGCAAGCCCAGGGCUGCGAGUCACCUGCCCCAGCAGGCCUCCUCGGCCAGGGUCAGCUGCGGCGGGUGCAGCCGCGAGGAGGUUGCACGUCCUCUUCUUCGCCUCACUUCCCUGCUCUGAGCACUUUCACAAAAACAAACAAAUGAAUAUUUCUGAUAAUGUCUUACCUCGCCUGGGUGAGGGGCUACUAGCAACGGGAGGCACCUCUGCGAUGACUGUGAUGCCCCAAAGCGCCCAAGUAUUUUCUCCUCCAUUUAUGAGCAGUGUCAGGCUGCAGAGCUGGACUGACGCCCCGGGCCGGGCCUGGAGAGGGGCUGCUGAGGCUGAUGGAGGCAGCGCCUGGCCGCAGCACCCACCGGCAGCGCCGCCGGCACCCUUGCUCAGAGGCUGUGGAGAUGCUCCUCACCUGCCCUCCACACCGUUCUCCAAGGUGGACAUGCGGCAUGUUUCCAAAUUUCUCUCCAGCUAUCCCGCUUCAGUCUGCUGCCGUGCAGAUCGGUUUGUGGCAUGAGCCGAUGCAGAAAGAAGCACUUCUUGUCCCCACCCAGAGACCCCACGCGAGGGCCGCGGGCUCAGGGCUCGCGCAGGUGCUCGGCAGCCGGUCCAAGAAGGCGACUGCAUUGCCCAACCCCGGUGCUUUCGUCCUCCCGCCCCGAGCAGUGUCUGGAGCACCGAGCUUUUGCACAUGCCCCUGGUGGGGCAGCACAUCCCAUCACGAAAGGAGCUGGUUUUGCUUCACAGGAGGCCUCUGCUUUGUCGCAGAGCGGUGAGAAAGGUUGAUCUUACCCAGAAAAAUGGACGGGCAUACUCAAGGUUGCGGGAAGGGUUGGUAGCAGAGGUGGGGAAAACGCAAUCUCGUGCACGCUGCCUUCCUCCCUGCAGCCGGAGAGGCACCAGGCAGGGACCAGCGCUGCUGUAAGCCGUGCCGCGGGGAGCAGCACUAACCCACCAACGUGCUGACCGGGAAGGGGGACCGUUGUCCAUACCAAUCCCUGGAAAGCAGCAGCUGCCCUGGCGCCCUCUCUGCAUUACAGGGACAGGGAAGUGGCGGCACCAGGAGUAAGUCACUUGCCGAAGACGACACGGCGAGGCAGUGCAGGGCCGAGGACGCGGGCCAGGCUCUUCCCUCUCACCUCCCAGCCCUGGGCUUUCGCUCCGACGCUCGCUCCUCCACGCUGUGCCCCCAUCCGCAGAGUUUAUCCAGCAGCGCCCAAAAUGUCUAAGGCUAAGAACGGCCAUGGGAUAAGGGAGGAAAGCUCGUCGCACAGUCGUGCAAGGGGAGCUGUGCUCUGCACAGGCAGCAGAGCUAUCGCAUCUGUGCACCAGCAGAGGUUUUCUGCUGAUUUUCCGCUGGAUUUCGGCUGUCUGCGAGAUGGACCUGUGUGUGUUCCCACGGAGUGAACUCAUCCACCUCCAAUACGGCUUCCCUCCACCAGUGUGAUAACGCCCAGAGGAAAGCUCCAGCUGAAGUGAGACGAAAGGACAGAAAAUUAAUGUGAUCAAAUGAAAGUUGUUUCCAGAAGCGAGCCUGCCUGCUGGCCAGGCCCGCUAACCUGCCCGGCUGCUCCGGAAGAUGCCUUGGAAGAGCUGCAGAGCCGGAGAGAAGGAAGGGUGGAGCAAAUACCCUGAGAUGGAGAGGUGAAGGCAGUCU